CAACGCCUGUCUCCCCAACACAAACAGACGCCGUUUUUAACUAACCAAGAUCGUCGCAGCUGAAACGUCUACAUGGAUCCUAUUAAACUCGCCAUCGUUAUGAAGGUCAUCGGCCGCACGGGUUCUCGAGGCCAGGUGACCCAGGUACGGGUGAAGUUCCUCGACGACCAAAACCGGCAAAUAAUGAGAAAUGUGAAGGGCCCUGUCAGAGAAGGCGACAUCCUCACUCUAAUGGAGUCCGAGCGUGAAGCAAGGCGCCUUAGGUGACGUCCUCAGGUAGAAACUACCAGUAUUGCAACUCACAACAGGUGAAACAAAACCAAUCUCUUUAGCGUUCAAGCAAAGCUUAGUCAGCCCAACCUAUAAAAUUUGUGCAGAAGAGCCGAUCGCUGCUGCCCGAAUAUCAGAAGCUGUCCCGACGAGAUAACUCAUGUAUUGACCUGCACCUGUUAUUGCCAGUAUUGCCUAUUGCUGCGUGUCUCUUCUAGGAACUUUCACCGUCCCUCGUCUAUCUCUGGCGAGAAAAUCAUUUACGUGACAUUAGCUCAUCCCUUCAAUAAUGUACUACACAUCUCGUAGUGAC